AUGGUGUCGCUUAGCAGACGCCAGACGGCGGUCAUAUUGAGUGUCCUUUACCUUGGAGCCUUGACUGCAAUGGCAGCAUAUGCUGUCCACCAGACCUCCACGCUGUCGCUACCGAUUCCCUCGACUCUUACAACUCUCGCACUUGCACUCCCGAUCUUCGCAGGCGUGUGCAUGGAAACCAGUACUGCACUUGCAACUUCGCUGGCUCUACACCCGAAGCUUCGACAUCGACAUGCACGCAACUUCCCUACCGUUCUGCUGCCUUCUACCCUGACUAUCCUCGGCCUACUGAUCUACAUCACCGUAGUCGCGACACUCAGCGGCACCCACGUCUCACCCGCUGGCGGUCUCAACUGCGCGUUGAGAGAAAAAUGGCAAGCCAUGUUUUCGAAAGAGCAGGGUGGAAAGAUGAAGAGAAUCCAGGAGGCAUUUGAUUGCUGUGGCUUCAGAAGUGUGCGAGACAUGCCCUUCCCAAUCCCUGGACAUGGGAAUACCGUCGAUACGUGUUCGCAGCGCUAUGAUCGUCAGAUUGGUUGUGAGGGUGCUUGGAGAGACAAGGAGAGAACCGUCGCUGGUCUUAUGAUUGCUAUCGCCGUGGGCGUUUUCCUCUGGCUGGCCGUAAUCAUCGUAACGCCAGCAAUUCACCCGUCAUGGGCGCACGAGAGCAUGCGCCUUCCUCAUCGUGUCUUGGAAGAGGAGUCCGAUGCAGCGAACAGGGUCAUCGAAUACCCAUCCCAGCGCUACACGGAUGAUCCUGAAGGAGAUGAUUCAGAUACCCGUCGUGAGAUCACCGGGUUGAACAACGACUCUAGACUUGCGAUGCAGGUCGAGAGCUCAAGAGACAGUCCCAGCAAGCUGCUAGCCGAUCAGGGCGUCUGGAGAGGCGAGGACGGCAGAACUUGA